CUAACUUCCGUUUCUUUAUUUCAUUUUUCAUGAACACUACAUUUCAACAAGCCAAUACUUUGGACAUUUUAAAGUCAAAAGCUGAUAUUUAUCUAAACCAACUUGAUAAGGAAUUGUCCAAAAUAGACUAUAUCAAUAAACUAGAGAAGCAAACUGGACUUCGUAAAAGUUAUUUAGCAGUGGGUGUCACUGCAGUUGUGUUGACCAUGGUACUUUUAGACCUUGGUGCUAAACUGGUCACAAAUGCUAUUGCUUGGAUCUAUCCAGCCUAUGCUAGUUUCAAAGCUAUUGAAUCACCCAGUACAGAAGACGAUACUCAAUGGUUGACUUAUUGGACAGUCGUUGGAUUUGCUCAGAUGAUUGAAUACUUUUCAGACAUUUUAUUAUAUUGGUUUCCAUUUUAUUAUACAUUCAAAGUGGUGUUCAUUCUUUGGCUUAUUCUACCUCAAUUCAAGGGUGCGCAUAUUGCUUAUGUUUGUGUUCUGCGUCCCUUCCUUUUAGGCGCACAACCUGAGAUCGAACAACGCAAAAAUAAGCUUUCGGAUACUUUUAAUAAAAUUGGCCAAGACUUGAUGAAAUAAACUUUUUGUUUUAGAACAUUA